AUGGGUCAGAGUUCAGAUUGUCAGUCAACCCCACCCAACCAGGUGGAAACCACCGGCCCUCAUCAAUCUACCCAACUUUGUACUCCUCUUGCUUGUCCAGGAUUUAUCCAACAUCAUCCUGAUUCACAAAGAGCUGUGCAAGUUGAAUUGGAACAGAGCUCUCUGAUCAGUGAACCCAAUCAAUCAAACAGACAGCCCAAGAGCAGGUACAAGGACCAUCCGCACCUUCAAGCUGGAGGAAACACCUCAUCAAGAACCUCUGGCGACAUGACCACAGAUGUGAAUAGGUCAACUGAGUCUGGACCAGAUCUGGAUCUUGCCCAAGAUUCUGACAAGGAGAAUUCAAAAGCUGUGAAAGCCAAACCAAAGAACGUUAACGGUGGAUUUGACAAUCUAAAGCUUUAUUUCUUUGAUGGUGCACCAGCUCCAGGUCAGGAUAAAGGUCUGACCUACAAAUGCCACUGGUGCCCUAAGUCGGGCCGAGUCCCAUUAUCCACCAUCUCAAACCUUAAAACCCAUCAAAAUGGCUCAAUGACCUGUACCGGGGUAAGCAAGGCUUGUCCAGGACAAAACAGUGUGAUAAGCAAUGGGGCCAACAUUCCUCCAAGUGCUGAUGAGGAGUCUGCUGCGCUUAAAAAGAAGAAGAAUGCUUCUGGUACUCUGGUUGCAUACGUUCACAAGGGCCAAUUUGAUGUCAAAACGUUCAAUAAGCUAGUCUUAUUUUGA